AUGGCCGGUCGUAGCCAGCAAGGCUUCUCGCGCACGCUACCCAAAAACUUCACAUUUUCGGCCGGCAAUGAACCGAGAACACCCCAGCGAGUGUCGGCUUGGGCGGAUAUACCUCCGCCUCCGCCGCGCCAUUCCAGCUGUCGCGUCAGACGAUCUCGCGUCCGCUCAGGGACCGACAUCUUUGCGAGAGCCGACUGGGAUUCAAACCAGUUCAAGGCCGGGCUUUACGACGUCCCGCUACCAUCUAUUGAAGUUGCGCCAACACCGGAAGCUGAACUCUCACGAUCUGGUCCUGAUUCGCAAGCCCCGGUUGCCACGAGUGACCGGUUCCUUGCGCCGCCGCGUGAACGGCUGAUGCUCAAAACGCCUCCCGCGCAGAUCCGGGCCGCGUUGACGGACUCCAAAGAAUCGCCCGAGCCGUGGACCCCCUGGGAUCACCGGAACCCGGGAGAGCCCAUCCAACGACCGGGGUCUGCUUGCUCCAAUGCUUCGGACUCCUCGGUGUCGACCAUUGAAACCUAUGCCUCCCGCCGAUCGGUUGGCGGCAGCUGCACCAGUCCGGAGAGCGACAUCCACGACCCGUUCUUCUACCUCGAGAUCCCUAGAAAAUCAGUCGUCCAGUCUACUCCGGUCCCAGACAAAAAAUCCAAAGACAAGGCCCGCGACCUUCCGCGGAAGCGCCGGUGGACGCUGGAAAUGGACAAUCAUCUGUGGAACACCUACCAGCUUUACAUCCAAGACCCAACCAUCACCCCUUUUAAAAUGACCCCGGGCAGCAUCCCUCCCCUCGGAGUUACUCAUCGUGUCGCCCGCGAGGCGAAGAGAGCCUGGGAUAAAAGAAAGUCCAAGGCCGCUCGCCCUCUACAGCUUGACGCUCAGAGUCGGAGCGGCAGCACGACGCCGACGACGAUAAAGUGCACUCCCGCACGGCUUUUCUGGCCUCGAUCCGAAUCCUCCACUCGGAGACGCCUCAAGCUGCUCUGCCAACGCAAAUUCUCAAUCGCCCCGCAUUAUCAGAGAAUGAUGGAAUCUCAUAGCCCGGAACCACCCAUGGACCUCUUUUCUCGCUCAUCGGGGCAGCCGUCGCGCGCGGUCGUGCCCGAAAACAACACUACCGCAUACGCCACGCGGGAUCUGGGUGUGUCCCUGGCCUCUACUUCGGUUCCUGAACCGUUGUUACAGCUUGCCACCGAGGAUCUUUCCCAUCCAGCAACGCGUACCCUGGCCGCCUCCUUUGAUCAUCCUGCCCAUCUUGGAUCGUAUCCGCCCUCUGAGAGCACCUUGAUGAAGAGGCCCGCUAGCAUGGGUCACCCUGGCCAAAUCCCCCGUCUUGGCUCGCCGUUUAUGUAUAGCACCUGGGGCCCGGAACGCUCUCGGCGACGUGCCCACCACCUCCAUACCCCCAUGGGCCGCCGGGAAACUAUUCAUAUCACAAACCCUCGAUUCCGCUUUCCGCUUCCCCAAAUGGAAGCUUAUCCCGCGAUGCAAACCGCUGUCCCACAAACUCAAAACAGCAAACCCGACAGCAAUGCUACUCCCAGCCAAGAACAACAACAGCAUCAUCAACAACAACAACAACAAGAUGAUGACCGCCACUUGGAGAACUUGCUCAGCCAGAACAAAGUCAGCAAUAUUGGACCGCGCCGUGUGCGUCUUCGCAACCGUGGAGCAACGGUGAGCGCCAUCAACACAAGGGGUCUGGAUCAACUCUUCUCUCCCCCAUCCCCCUUUGGACAAGACGACGGGCGGACAACAACCGACAAGCCUCUUCCCAACCCUCUCCUCAAUAUCAACGGCGAAUCCAUCAAGCGGCUUGGCUCGCCCUUCAAGCUUCAGGCGCCCAGACGCUCUGACGGGUUCAGGGGACAUGCGCCCUCUUUGUCCGAUCCGUUUGCGAGAAACUCAAAAUCUCCCCAUAAAACCACUGCCAGGCCGUUUCCCCAUUCGCCGGGGGCACAACCUACUCUUCCUUAUAACUCUACAGAGGAGAGAGCCCCUGAUGCAGAGCAGAUCAGAAGGCAGACUUUCAGUACGCCUUUCACUCAGCAAUGGUGA